AGUUCCACCUGGGAAGUCUAGAGGAUCGAACGGGCGACCUGGUGCCUGUGGUUUGUUUUGAUUUGUGGGUUGUGAGUGUGGGCUAUGGCGAGCAAUGCAUUGAGCGCGGCGAGCGUGGAGGCCGCGUCGCAAGGGCUCAAGGAGCUGGAUCGAUUGAGGAGAGAACAAGAUGGUCUGAUCAAGAAGAUCAAUAAGAUCCACGCCAAGCUCGCAGAGACCCAACCAGAGCAAGCCGAGAAGUUCGAAGAUAAGUUCUGGAGCAAGCUACGGGAUUUGUACAGUCAAGCUAAAGCACUUGCGGACGCCGAAGAAAGUGCGUCAAAUGCUUGUCUAAGCAAUCUGGACACUCUCUCGAUACCUUCACAAGCUGCUGCUGCUCAUCGACGUAAAACUGAGACUGGCGAUCAAAAGCGGAAGAGAGCCAAGGCCGAUGCAGACUCUUCCAGGCUGAAUUCUCCGAACGUUUCUCGGUCGGCUGAUUCAAUUGGUAAAGCUGUUGGAGACCAGGUCGCCGCGAGGAUUACUCCUGAAGAUUCAGAGAAGAGCGAGUGGAUUGUCGUCAAGGUGACGCGCUUUGAUCGCGAAACAAACAAAUAUGAAGUGAUAGACGAAGAGCCUGGGGACGAAGAAGAAAAUGGUGGAACCGGUGGACCGAGGAAGUACAAGUUAUCUCCCUCCGCAAUCAUCCAAUUCCCAAAACCAGCGACAGCGCUGGAUUUUCCAACGGGAUCUCAAGUUCUUGCGGUGUAUCCAGGCACCACCGCACUGUACAAAGCUACUGUCGUCGGUCCUCAUAGAAAAAAAAAAACGGACGACUAUAUUCUAGAAUUCGAUGACGACGACGAGGAUGGAUUUCUACCAAAGCGAACAGUGCCAUUUUACCACGUUGUCACUCUUCCGGAGGGGCACCGGCAGUAAAGCAACAACAGCCAGUAGCAUUGUCACAGUUGAUCAGCUGUACCAUGUCGCCUGUAACAGUAACAUACGAGAAGAAGCUCAACCGGCCAGCAAACAUGGUAGAGCAAGUUCACCAUAGCAUUGCUGGUAAGAGUUGCAAUGCUCAUCCAGAAUUUGUACCAUCGGGGAUAAGUCCUCUCUAAAUCUUGAAAAACCGGUGCCUCCUAAUAUCUAUUACAUCCGAUUCUAAUCUCUAA